GGGGACAACUUCCUCGGUUAGAUUUCUCCUCUAUCACUUUACAUAGUUCUCUAAUGGCCGAAGCUCUUGCCAUUGUUGGCGUUGUCGCCAGUAUAGUCCAUAGUCUUGCAUCGUCUCAAAGAGUACCAGCCCAGCCUAGGGGAGGUUCCGAAGUCAUUUGUCAAAUUAGCAAGGAGCUACUUUAUACUAUCCACUAAAUCGAAGAUGCGAUAGAUAGAUGCCGAGACAAAGAAGGCUAUCCUACCCGUUAUUAAGGGUUGCCAGGAACAACUUGAACUACUACAAAGUAUCCUUGAUAAAACGCUACACGACAAGAGGAUACCGGGCUAUGGUUUCUUAACAGCAAACAAUAUGCCAAAUGGAAAACGGAUGCCGCAUCUAUCACGUGGCUAUAUGGUAUUGCAGGCUGCGGUAAAACCGUUCUAAGCUCUACUAUCAUCCAGCACUGUAUUAGUGACCCUGGGAAUGGUUGCCUACUUCCAUUUCGACUUCAACGACCUACAAAAAGAAACUCCGGAGCUAAUGGUCCGAUCACUCAUUUGCCAACUUUCACAGAAAUGUGUGAAGGUACCUAUAAGCCUUGAGUCACUAUUCUCUUCGUGCGACUGGAUCAUCUGCUGCAGUACAUCUAAUUGAGAAUCCAAUGAUGGUAUCGCUGUCCAACCCACAAUGCUACAUUAUCAUGGAUGCUCUUGACGAGUGUAAAGAUCGAGCCGGUUUGAUGGAUAUCAGUUGCUAGCUAGACAGCUUGCAAGUCUUGGUUACGAGUAGGGAGGAGCGAAAAAUUCAGAACUUGUACAGGACCAAAACAUCAUUUGUCUUGAAAGCAGGCUAGUUGACGGCGAUAUACAGAAAUAUGUCCGUACAAGCUACUCCAUGAUGCGGUCUGAGAAAACAUCAGAUUUUGAGUCUCUUUUUAAAGAAAAACAGUGCCUAUCUCAACUGGGUUAAAAUGUUCGAUAUAGAGCGCCCUUGGGCUGGGUCAGAAUUCACAAGGGCGUUAGACGAUGUUCGAACUCCGCUGCACAUAGCCUCAUUAUUUGGCUGGACCGAUAUUGUAGAGCAGCUGCUUAGCCCAGGCGCCAACAUUCACGCGCGAGGCGGAUCCUACUGCAACGCCCAGGCGGCAUCGUACAGCGGCCAUGAGAAGACUGUAGGACUGCUACUCACUGUUAACGCUCAAGGUAGAUACUAUAGUAAUGCGCUCCAGGUAGCAUCAGUUAGAGGCUAUAGCAAGAUUGCUAAGAUGCUGCUAAGUAAGAGUGCUAAUGUCAACGCACAAGGUGGAUACCAUGGUGACGCACUCCAGGCGGCAUCAGCUCAAGGCCAUAUGGAAAUCGUCAAGAUACUGCUAAGCAAUGGCUCUAACGUCAAUGAUCAAGGCGCUCAAGGCGGAUUCUUCAACGCUGACGGUGCUCAAGGCGGACGCUACACAACGCACCCCAGGCGGCAUUAGAUAUAUCGAGGCAUCACUCACACUCCAUGCAGGAUCAUGCGAACAACCUAUCCAUCCCCUCUCACCCCAGCCUACGCGUCUCACCCACAAACAGCCGGUUUGGUUCGGGUUGUAUAAAUACCCCCUCCCCCGGCCUCACGUA